AUGACAUUCCUUUUCUUAUCAUUUUUUCUUUUUUUAUUUCAUUCAAAAUUCUAUCUAUUUUUAUUUCUUUCUUUAUUGACAUUAUCCAUCCUCUAUCCAUCUUUUUUUCAUGAUAACCAUUUCUUUUAUUUUUUUUUAUUUCUUUAUUUUAAUUCCUCCAAAUCUUUAUUUUUCUUUCUUUCAAUUUUUUUAUUUUAUUUUUCCUUUCUUAAAUUUUGGCAUCUUUAUUUCUUGUUUUCUUUUUUCUAUUUCUCUAUUUUUCUUUCUUUCUUUAUGACAUUCCUCCAUCUCUAUUUUUCUUUCUUUCUUUAUGACAUUCCUCCAUCUCUAUUUUUCUUUCUUUUCAUUCUUUCUUUUAUUUUUCUUUCUUUCUUUAUAUUUGAAAUUCUCCUUUUUCUUUCUUUCUUUUUACACACAUUCCCCUUCUCUAUUUUUCUUUCUUUUUUUUUAAAAUUUUAA